GCGCCCCACCGCCUGGACGCGCCAGCACUCGAUGAUCUACAUCGACAAUCCGGCGGGCACCGGCUUCAGCUACACCAAUGGCGGCCUGGCACGCAACGAGACCAAAGUGGGCCAGGAUCUCUAUGCGGCGCUGCUGCAGUUCUUCACGCUGUUCCCCGAGCUGCAGCUGAACGAGUUUUUCGUCAGCGGCGAGUCCUAUGCGGGCAAGUACGUGCCAGCCAUCGCCCACACCAUUCACCAGAACAACGCAGCGGCCGAGCUGCGCAUCAACCUGCAAGGCCUGCUGAUUGGCGACGGGCUGAGCGACCCCGUGAAUAUGGUGCGAGGGUACGGCCAGUACCUGUACCAGAUCGGCCUGGUGGACGCCAGCACCCGCAACCAGUUCGUGGAGCAGCAGGAGCGCGCCGUCCAGUACAUCGAGCAGGAGCAGUACCUGGACGCCUUCCUGGUCUUCGACCUGCUGCUGAAUGGCGACUUCACCAGCCCCACGCUGUUCGCGAACGCCACCGGCCCGCUCAGCUACUUCAACUAUCUGGAUGAUCGCGCAGAGGACAACAGCUACGAGGAGUUUCUGCAGAGCGCCGCUGUGCGCCGCGCCAUCCACGUGGGCGCACUCAGCUACAACAGCGACGGGGUGGAGGAAGCGCUGCGCGAAGACGUGAUGAAGAGCGUGGCGCCGUGGGUGGCCGAGCUGCUCGCCCACUAUCGCGUGCUGUUCUUCAACGGCCAGCUGGACAUCAUUGUCGCCUACCCAUUGACGGUCAGCUUCCUGCAACAGUUGCAGUUCGAGGGCGCCGACGAGUACGGGACUGCGCCCAGGUACCAGUGGCUGGUGGGCGGCGCUGUUGCCGGCUAUGUGAAGCAGGCGGGCAACCUUACGGAGGUGCUGGUGCGCAAUGCUGGCCACAUGGUGCCGGCCGAUCAGCCCCAAUGGGCCUACGACCUGCUCUAUCGCUUUGUGCGCAACAUUUCCCUCAACUAGCGCUGUUGUAAUUUAAUUUGAAUUAGUUGCAUCCACUUAGCUGGUAGGAA